GUACCUUACCCCACCACAUGGUUGGUGCUGGAACCUAGCGGCAAGGGAAGUUUGCCUCACCAGACUUGGUCAAGUUUUGAAAUCCGAUAGGGGGUAGCAGUAUGGCCAGCCGAUGCGCUGUAAGGCUAAAAAUAACCACCUCCAAUUUAUGCUGUGUGGUUACUGUCUCCAAAAACCAGGCGACCUGAAUGAAAGCGCGUCAAUAAGGACACUUCUCUGAGGCUUCUCUGGACCAAUAAGGUGGCAUGGCUGGCCUGUCGUUCUGUGGCAACAAUGUGACCAAGAAUGCCUACAGUGUGGAUACGGGGAUGUUGAACAAUGGCUGCUUCGUGGACGCCCUCAACCUGGUCCCUCACGUCUUCCUGCUGUUCAUCACCUUCCCUAUCCUCUUCAUUGGCUGGGGCAGUCAGAGCUCUAAGGUUCAGAUCCACCAUAACACCUGGCUCCACUUCCCUGGACACAACCUGCGCUGGAUCCUCACAUUCACUCUGCUGUUUGUCCACGUCUGUGAGAUCGCUGAGGGAAUCGUCUCCAACAAACAGAUGGACACCAAUCACCUCCACCUCUUUAUGCCAGCGUUUAUGGGUUUCAUAGCAGCCACUACAUCUGUGGUGUACUACCACAACAUAGAAACCUCCAACUUCCCCAAACUACUGCUGGCUCUGUUUAUCUACUGGGUUCUGGCGUUCAUCACCAAGUCCAUCAAGCUGUGGAAGUUUGCAGAGUACGGCGUUGGAGUGUUGCACCUGAGGUUCUGUAUCACAGCCCUGCUGGUCGUUCUGUACGGACUCCUCAUGGCUGUAGAGAUCAACGUCAUCAGGGUCAGGAGGUACGUGUUCUUCGCCAACCCCCAGAAGGUAAAGCCUCCAGAGGACCUUCAGGACCUGGGAGUGAGGUUCCUCCAGCCCUUCGUCAACCUCCUCUCCAAGGCCACAUACUGGUGGAUGAACCCCCUGAUUAUAGGAGCCCAUAAAAGACCCAUUGAGCUGAAGAAGAUUGGCAAACUCCCCAUCGCCAUGAGAGCCCUCACCAACUACCUGAAGCUCAAAGACGCCUACGAGGAUCAGAGGCAGAAUGCCGAGGACCCAGAGAAGGCUCCAUCCAUCUGGCGCUCUAUGUACCGGGCGUUUGGCCGACCCAUCCUCCUCAGCAGUACCUUCCGUUACCUGGCGGAUCUGCUGGGCUUCGCCGGGCCGCUCUGCAUCUAUGGCAUCGUCGAACAUCUCAACAAAAAGCCCGUCAAGGAAGGGAGUGUGGUCCCCUAUUUUGAGGUCUACUUCAUGUCAUCCAACGAGCUGCUCCAGAAUACGUCAGUGCUGGCUGUUCUGCUGUUCCUGGCCCUGGUGCUACAGCGGACCUUCCUACAGGCCUCCUACUAUGUCACCAUAGAGACCGGCAUCAACCUCCGUGGAGCCCUGCUGGCGAUGAUCUACAACAAGAUCCUGCGUCUGUCCACCUCUAACAUGUCCAUGGGAGAGAUGACCCUGGGCCAGAUCAACAACCUGGUUGCCAUAGAAACCAACCAGCUCAUGUGGUUCCUCUUCCUGUGUCCCAACCUCUGGGCCAUGCCAGUGCAGAUUGUGAUGGGCGUGAUCUUGCUGUACUACCUGCUGGGGACCAGUGCUCUGAUUGGAGCUUCGGUCAUCGUGCUGCUGGCUCCAGUCCAAUACCUGAUCGCUACCAAGCUGGCUGACACCCAGAAGAGCACCCUGGACCAGUCUACGGAACGUCUGAAGAAAACCACAGAGAUUCUGAAGGGGAUCAAGCUGCUGAAGCUGUACGCCUGGGAGAACAUCUUCUGUGACAGUGUAGAAGAUACCAGGGGCAAAGAGCUCACCAGCCUCCGCACCUUCGCCCUCUACACCUCCAUGUCUAUUUUCAUGAAUGCUGCUAUCCCCAUCGCUGCUGUGCUUGUGACGUUUGUCAGCCACGCCCUGAUCAACAAGUCCAAACCCAGCUCCUCAGAGGCCUUCGCUGCUCUGGCCCUCUUCCACAUCCUGGUUACCCCACUGUUCCUGCUCUCCACCGUGGUCCGCUUCGCAGUCAAGGCCAUGGUCAGCGUCCAGAAGCUGGGUGAGUUCCUGCAGAGCGAUGAGAUUGGCGAUGACAGCUGGAGGAACGGAGACAUGUCUGUGUCCCUAGAGGCCUGUAAGAAACACCCUGGGACGACCAAGGCUAUAAACAGGAAGCAGCCCCUGCUCUACCAGAUGGACAACUAUGAGCAGCCAGCACGCAGACCACUGCGACCUAACGAGACUGAGGACGUGGCUGUCAAGGUGAACGGUGGAUUCUUCACAUGGGGAAGCAACUUGUCAACGUUGUCCGACAUCAACAUCUGCAUUCCAACAGGUCAGCUGACCAUGAUCGUGGGCCAGGUGGGUUGUGGGAAGUCGUCCCUGUUGCUGGCCAUGCUGGGAGAGAUGCAGACCCUCAGUGGAAAGGUCUACUGGAGCAAACUGCCUGUGAGUGAGAUGCUGCACGAGGCCAACAGUUGUUUUGAGACGGAUGGGUCUUUUGAAGAAACCAGGAGCAAGAACAGGUACUCUGUGGGCUACGCUACCCAGAAGUCUUGGCUGCUGAAUGCCACCGUGGAGGAUAACAUCACGUUUGGCAGUCCCUUCAACAAACAGAGAUACAAGACUGUGAUUGAUGCCUGCUCCCUGCAGCCUGAUGUAGACCUCCUGCCCUUCGGAGACCAGACGGAGAUCGGAGAGAGGGGGAUCAACCUGAGUGGAGGCCAGAGACAGAGGAUAUGUGUGGCUCGGGCUCUCUACCAGAACACCAACAUCGUCUUCCUGGAUGACCCGUUCUCAGCGCUGGACAUCCACCUGAGUGACCACCUGAUGCAGGAGGGCAUUCUGAAGUUCCUACAGGAUGAUAAACGCACCGUGGUCCUGGUCACACACAAACUGCAGUACCUCAUCCACGCUGACUGGAUCAUAGCCAUGAAGGAUGGCUCAGUGCUGAGGGAAGGCACUCUGAAGGACAUUCAGACUCAUGAUGUAGAGCUGUAUGAACACUGGAAGACCCUGAUGAACAGACAGGACCAGGAACUAGAGAAGGACACUGAGAUUGAUAACUGUCAGACUGCUCUGGAGAGGAAGACCCUGAGAAGAGCUUUCUACUCCAGAGAGGCCAAGAACCAGGUCGACGAUGACGAAGAAGAGGAGGAAGAGGAGGAGGAAGAGGACGACAACAUGUCGACGACCACCAGUCGGCGCUCUAAGAUCCCGUGGAGGGUGUGCUGGCAGUACCUGUCCUCUGGUGGCUUCCUCAUGGUCUUCCUCAUGGUCUUCUCCAAGCUGCUGAAACACUCCGUCAUGGUCGCCAUCGACUACUGGCUGGCCGAAUGGACUGCUAAUGGCGAUGGCCCAGUUAAUGGGACUGCUUAUGACGAUGGCCCAGUCAAUGGGACUGCUAAUGACGAUGCUAAUGGAUAUGCCCCAGACUUUGGAAAUGUUACAAGAGACUUUGUCAAUGCCUCUGCAGCAGCUGUCUUCUCCAAUCGGACAAACUCAGCGGCUGGUCUGCCUGACUCCUACUAUGUGCCAGUGUUUAUCAUCCUGUGUGGAGCGGGGAUAGCCCUGUGUCUGAUCACCUCUCUGACUGUGGAGUUCCUGGGUCUGUCUGCUGCUACCAACCUGCACCACAACCUGCUCAACAAGAUCAUCCACGCACCUAUCAGAUUCUUUGACGUGACCCCCUUGGGCCAGAUCCUGAACCGUUUCUCAGCUGACACCAACAUCAUAGAUCAGCACAUCCCUCCUACCCUGGAGUCUUUGACCCGCUCCACUCUGCUCUGCCUGUCAGCCAUCGGGGUCAUAGCGUUCGUCACCCCAAGCUUCCUCAUCGCUCUGAUUCCUCUGGCUGUGUCCUUCUACUUUAUACAGAAGUACUUCCGGGUCGCCUCAAAGGACCUUCAGGACUUAGAUGACUCCACCCAGCUUCCUCUGCUCUGCCACUUCUCUGAGACUGCAGAGGGACUCACCACCAUCCGAGCAUUCAGACAUGAAUCUCGAUUCAAGCAGAAGAUGCUGGAGCUGACAGAUACCAACAACACAGCCUACCUGUUCCUCUCUGCUGCCAACCGCUGGUUGGAGGUCAGAACGGACUACUUGGGUGCUGUCAUUGUGUUAACAGCAGCAGUUGCCUCGAUAUGGAGCUCUGGCAAGAACCUUCCCUCGAGCAUGGUGGGGUUAGGCCUGACCUACGCCCUUACAGUGACCAACUACCUGAACUGGGUGGUGAGGAACCUGGCUGACUUAGAGGUCCAGAUGGCUGCUGUCAAGAAGGUCAACAGCUUCCUGAGUACAGAGUCUGAGAACUACGAAGGCUCCAUGGAUACCACCCAGGUCCCCGAGGACUGGCCCCAGCACGGAGAGAUAAAGAUCCAGGAUCUGUGUGUACGUUACGACCCCCUUCUGAAGCCUGUCCUCAAACACGUUAAUGCCUACAUCAACCCCGGACAGAAGGUGGGCAUCUGUGGACGCACAGGAAGUGGAAAGUCCUCCCUCUCUCUGGCCUUCUUCAAUAUGGUCGACGUGUUUGAAGGGCGGAUCAUCAUUGAUGGUAUAGACAUCUGUAAGCUGCCCCUCCAGACCCUGAGGUCUCGUCUGUCCAUCAUCCUCCAGGACCCGGUGCUGUUCAGCGGAUCCAUCCGGUUUAACCUGGACCCAGAGCGUACCUGUACUGAUGACAGACUGUGGGAGGCGCUAGAAAUCGCCCAGCUGAAGAACAUGGUCAAAGCCCUUUCUGGGGGACUAGACGCGGUGGUGACAGAGGGAGGGGAGAACUUCAGUGUGGGUCAGAGGCAGUUGUUCUGUCUGGCCAGAGCCUUCGUCAGGAAGAGCUCCAUCCUCAUUAUGGAUGAAGCCACUGCAUCCAUCGACAUGGCAACGGAGAAUGUCUUACAGAAGGUGGUGAUGACAGCCUUCGCCGACCGAACUGUCGUCACUAUUGCACAUCGUGUCCACACCAUCCUGGAAGCUGACCUGGUGAUCGUGAUGAAGCGAGGGAACAUCUUAGAGAUCGACAAACCAGAGACCCUUCUGGAGAACGAGGACGGCAUGUUCGCUUCCUUCGUCAGGGCUGACAUGUAGGCUCACACACUGUCAGCCGGCACACCAUCAGUCUAUCAAUGAAUCAGCCUCCUCAGUGUUUCCCACAAUGCUUAGGUGGGGCGCAGAGUUCCAGAUAUUAUUACCAUUAUUGACUGAAGCUCAUACUGUAGGUUUUAGACAGGAGCCAGGCCGGUUGACCACCUCCACUUGGUAAUGGUAGGGGAAACACUGCUUCCCAAAGCACCACUGAUGGCCUUCCUGUGUUGAUUAUUGGUAAUGUAUUAGUUAUUGAGUGAUUGAUUGAAUGAGUGACCUAUUAACUUGGUCGUGUAAGAAUCACAAUCGGUCGUUAAAUAUGAUUACAAUUUUACAAAGUUUUACCUAAAUGUUUUAUGUUUAAAUUAUAUAUUUAGUUACUUAUUACUUACUAUAUGAUGUAUGUAUAUGUAUAUAUUUUACACCCUUAUUCAUAGGUAAGCAAUAAGCAGGUAUAGUGUAGUAUUACUACAUUGGUACGAACACUGUAGGGUAUAUCGCUGGAGCAUUUUUAGCCUGGUGACCCUUUGUCUGUCUGAUUUGAUGCGAUGCUGACUGAACCAUGGGACUGUGGACAUUUAGUGGUCACUGACUCCUCUUUGAAAAAGGACAGCUUUCACCCAUUGGGUGUUCUCUAAAGGACUGAAUCUUAAUGUGAAAUGUGCAGGCCUAACUUCAACUCAUACAGAACUUGUGUACUGUAAACCACACAACCACCCAUGUCAAGAUGUAUGUGAAAACUUGGAGUUACGCAUGUUGGUGUUAAGUUAAGAUCCAGCCCUAAAUGAUAAGGGGAGAUUCCGCUUUCUUCUACCAGCCAUAAGCCAGGCCAGCGUUAGUUUCUACCAUACAUGGUGCUGGCUGGUGUAAUUGGUCAGGAAAGUGGUUUCUAUUUUCAGUAUUAAACCUGGUUUCUGGGGAGCUGUGCCACUGUCCCACUGUAGUACCUGAAUAUUUAUAGUUAUUUUGCAUAUCGAACAAUGAUCAUUUUAUAUUGACUUCUUUGUAUUGUAUUAUAGCCUGAAUGACAAACUGAUUAUUGUAAGCUACACUUUGAAGAAUGUCAGUAUCUGUUUUACCGAUAUACUGCUGUGUUGUUUUGUUUGUCAGUGUAAAGCGGUUUCUCAUCUCAAGAAAUUUGUUUUUAAAUCAUUCUUCAUUCUUAUUCAAUCCCAAACUCAUGACCCAGAAUUCCUGCCCUACUUUCCUUACACCCGUGUGGUCUGUUUUCCCACUCAUGUUUUUAACUCAAGACUCCCUCUCUAUAAUCUAUGAAUGGGUAGGCGUCUUCUAGCCUGGUUGAACAAGACUGAACCAUUGUUUCGUUUAGCUUGGAUUCCAGGCUACGUAUCUCCCCUCAACCUCCAUACUCUCCAUUGUAUACAUUAUAAGUGAGUAGCAGCUAAGUAUAUUUAAUGUAGCUUCUGCUGUGGCGGGGGGUCCAUGUAAAGGCCAAAGG